GGGCUGUGGGGUCACCUUCUCUUCCUUCCUCCUGCCACCCCAAGCUAUCUGAGUGGCGUGCUACGCAGUGGGAGAGCACGUUGGCCUGGACCUCAAGCUACUCACGUUCUAGUCCUGCCUCUGUCCCUUCCUAGAGCUGUGGCCUCGGAUCCCUCCCUGGUGCCACAGCGGCCGAGUGCGCAUCAAAUCUGAAGAAAAUCUACACAGUACCAACAGUACAGAUAUUCUGGAGUGUGUACAAUAAUAUUCCUCCUGUGACUAGCCUGCCUUUGAGAUGCAGUUAUCAUUUAAUGAGAGGAGAGAGGCGACCACUCUGGGAAGAGGAGAGUAAUGCUAAGGGUGGUGUGUGGAAGAUGAAAGUCCCCAAGGACAGCACGUCCACAGUUUGGAAAGAGUUGUUGUUAGCGACUAUCGGGGAACAGUUCACAGAUUGUGCCGCCGCAGAUGAUGAAGUAAUAGGAGUUAGUGUCAGCGUCCGGGACCGAGAAGAUGUCGUCCAAGUCUGGAAUGUAAAUGCCGCAUUAGUCGGUGAAGCCACCGUUUUAGAAAAGAUCUAUGAACUCCUGCCCCACAUAUCUUUUAAAGCCGUAUUUUAUAAACCCCAUGAAGAGCAUCAUGCUUUUGAAGGUGGACGUGGAAAACACUAAUUGCACUCUGUAAAGAAUUCUUUGUCCUUUGCUGAUUGGUUUUGGAAACGGUCUUAACAGGAGGGAGAGUGAAGAGAAGACCUGCUGGAGCCCGCUGCUGGUUCAUUUAGAGUGGGUUUCUGCCCCUGCAGAUUGAGCGAUUAGGACUCAAAGUGGCAGGUGGGGUGGGGGGAGGUUGUGUGGGUUUUUACUGUCACAUUACUUGCUUUUCUUUCUUUUUAUUUUUGGCUUUAUGAAUUCUCUGUUCUUUUCUCUCCAGUUUUUUUUUUUCUCUUUUAAAUUCCUCAUUCAGUCUAAUUAUUGUUUUCUCUACUCCCCUUUCAUUGAGGCAUAAGAAAUCGGUUUCCCUUUAAGUAGCUGUGCUGUACCUAGUUAAUGAGAAUAUGCAUAAUCGUGACAAUACUGCUUUUGAAAACCACACUGUCCUCCCAGGAACACUAGCUUGGUGAAACCUGUCUUUUGAUUAUUUGUUGUGACACAUUCCUACAUACUCUGCACUGGGCAUUUUUUUUUUUUUUUCUAUCCCAGGGAAAAGAAAAACCUUACUUAAUCUGAUUUUGCACUGACAGCACCCACACCUUUUAUUUUUUCUUUUUAAUAAUUUUUUUUAUUGUUAGAAAUGAAAGGAAAAUAAUAGUUGGGUUGCCAAACAUGAAAACUAUAAUCACAGUUGAAUAUCAGGAUAUAUAUCACACUGUAAAUCUUCGGACCUUCUGUGGAAGUAUUUUCCAACCAGAAUUUCAAUUUGGCCUUUUCUAAAGAAGGCUCAGAGUGGUAGCAAAGGAUUUGUCUCAAUAGGAAACCUUGUAAUUUCUGAUUUAAAGAGAAGGUGAUAUUUUAAUUGCUUGAACUAACCUUCUUCUGAAUUUUGGGUGUUUGUACCCAUUUAGGGCUUUCCAGAUCAAUUCAGACACAUUUUAUUAAAUGAUCCCAUUUUCCUGCUCAUGUUGUGUGUCGUUUCCAAUAAUCAAUCAUCCUCUAGCCUGGGCAACUUUCCCCUGCCUUUUUCAUUUAGGAGCAGAAGUUAAAUCUCAUUUCCAAGAUGAAUGUGAACAUUGACAAAGUUGAACUCUGAAUGCAUUUUGUUCACAUUAUUUUUGGAAUUGUUGAGAUACAUCGUGUUAUGUUACCAAAUAAAUACCAGUUUUAAUAGAAGGAAAUGACCACCCUCUGGAACACGCAGAAUGUUCCAGUUUCCCUCCCCGCACUCUUUCAGGCCUCCUGAAAAAGGCAGGGCCGUUUAGAAAGGCUGCCUCCUGCCAGCUUUUUUCUGGAGUCAGGGGAGCUAGGGCAUGCUUAUACAUCUCACAGAAGGGUGGUGCACUCCGAAUUUCCUUUCACCCAGGAUUUGUAAUUCCUCUUGCAUUAUUGACCAGCAGAGAGAGGCGAGGCUUCUUCCAACCCCCAGCCUGAGUUUGUAAAUAAAAUUCUCCAUUCAAACACUUUAAAGGACUUCAAACAACAUCUCUUUACAGUCACUGUACCCUUCACUUGCAUUACUAACCACAUCAACCAUAAUAAAAAAAUGAUCAUGGCUUUUUUUUUAAUGCUUUGUUUCUAAACUUGAGUUUCUCCACUGAUUUCAAAAUGAGGUAUAAGGAUAUGAGACCCAUUUUCAAAAGCCUGGAACUUGUUCUUUUUAAACAUUGUACCAACAUCCAACUUGUUUUUAAAUUAUUGAUCAAGAAUUGAAAAAAAUACUCUGGGCAUGAGUUUAAAUUAAAUUCUCUUUUAUAAUAUAAGUAUUUUUCCUGAUAGAUUAGAAGAAAGGUUAUAAUUGACUUACCUUCUUUAUAAUUGUCAUAUAUAUUUCCUUAAGUAAAUGGAUUAUGCAGUAUUUUUAUUUUUGAACUUUAUUUAAGACAUUGUGAUGACAUGUUCAAGUUUUGCAUGUACGUAGCUUUUGAAGAAAAAAAAUAAAAGGAACAGGAAUGUCAGGCUCCCA